AAUAGGUACUUUAAUUUUAAAAAUAUUAAGUUUCUUUUUAGCUAAGUAAAUCGUUAUUAAAUAUAUUUUCAAAAAUGCCGUACAAAGUUACGUACUUCAACAUCACUGCUCUGGCUGAACCCAUCAGAUUCCUUCUUUCUUACUUGAACAUUGAUUUUGAAGACUUUCGUUUUGAACGCGAACAAUGGCCUGCACUCAAGCCUACCAUGCCAUUUGGUAAAGUACCAGUGUUGGAAAUUGACGGCAAAGUAUUGAAUCAAUCCACAGCUAUUACUCGUUAUUUAUCCAAAAAAGCUGGAUUAGCUGGAAGUGAUGAUUGGUUGUCUUGGGCUGAUUUAUUUUUUGUAGCUAUUUUAGACUACUUGAAUUUUAUGGCAAAAAUUGAUUUAUUAGAGGGUCGUCCAAAAUUAAAAGCACUUAAAGAACAAGUAUUGGCUGUACCUCAAAUUAAGGCAUGGGUUGCUAAACGCCCAGCAGAUAAUCCUUAAAUAUCAAACAGUAUUAAGCAUCACUUCUUAAUUAAAAUAAUAAGAAUAUUUGAUUUUUUAUUUAAUAUUAAAUCAUUCAGAUGAAUUUUAUAAUAAUA